AUGCCUGCCAAAUACGCCAAGAACAAGUACAGUCGCCCGGGAGAGAGGAACCAUGACCAAGCCAUGGUUGCACAACAGGACAAAGUAAAUGGUGAAAAAAGGGCGGAGGCAUACGAAAACCUCAUCAACUCUUGGCCUUUGCGCCGGCCUCCCUUUGGGGUUUACCGCAGCUUUCGCGGAGAUUUCAUGCAAAUCGUCAAGGCUGGUGACGAUUUCAUGCGUCAGGAUUUCCCUGCUUCCCAGCAGGCAUUGGAACCUGGCUACCUUUGGAUGCCCGCUUUGGUGCUUGGAUUCCCCGGAACGUGGUUCCACGAGGAGAGCCAAUAUGGCUUCGAUGAGUUCCAAUACGUUUUGGUGGAGCCAAUGGCGGUUAGCUUUAACUGUGUAGGGACAGAUGGGGAUAUGGAGAUAUACCAGCGUAAGCCGAUAAUCAUCUCCACAAACGCCAUGAAGGAGACCGUAUGGGAAGCGGUUUCGAUAGACCAGUUUGAUCCGUCUCAAGAAUAUUUCUCCGUGUCACCAAAUGGAGACACCCAAACGCACCCUGCUCGGAAUUACUUUCCGACCCCAAGUCCGUCUCCAGGUGCCGCCACCGUCCUUGCUGUCGUCCCUGGACAGCAGCUUGAUACCGCUGGGGACAUAUUCCCCCCUUCCCAUUUCGAGUACGACGGCAUGGAUUACUCGACUGGCUAUGACAACCCUAUCAGCAACCUUGGUGACGGCAUUGAUGUCACGUUUGGCAACGACGUCGCUGUCCCUAGCCUCAACGACGGCGCCGACCUCUCCUUUGGUGACGACAACUCUGCCGGCAACCUCCCCGACGGCUUCCAACUCUUGGUUGAUUUCAACAACCCUGUGGACACCCCCGCCCAGACGGAUAACGCUUCGUAUCCCGGCUACGCGCCCGCUCAAUGUUGGAGGCAGAGCUGA